AAUUGCGGGACUUAGAGAGCAACUGAAGGCGUGCACUAACCUUGUUGAGACCAUAAUCGAUACGAGGGUUCCUCUGGGGGUGAACUAUUAGCCCAUUGAAAAUAUAACGAGAUGCCGCUUGCAUAAAUGUUAUGGACUUGCGUUGGAACAAAUUAAAACACAUUAUUGAACGGGUUGCAACGGAGCCAACGAUAUCCUCUGUAUACCAACAAAAACACCCAGGCGUGCCUUCUGUUUUUAAGGUGGAUAUGUUUUGCUAGCAGCUAGCUAGCUUACAUUGGGGCAUUGUGUCUUUUGUAAACACUGCGUCAGUUGUGUAAGCUAGCUAGCUACCAAAACAAAAAAACAUGGGACUCGCAUAUUGUUAAAAGGAGGCUGACUCCUUUCCAUGCGUUACCUAAACAUGAGAGAAGAAAGUCGUUGUUUCUUAAGAAGGCAGUUCAUGACCAUUGAAAGACGGGGUGAACUUUCCUGCUGCCCCGACUUCACGGAGGAGAAAGGGACUUCCGAGAGAGGAGAUAUGCGACCGUGCAACGCUUGUAAUUUUACUUCAAAAUAAAACCCGGAGGUUCUGGAGCGAUGGAGACCGUGGGGAAAUUUGAGUUCAGCAGGAAGGACUUGAUAGGACACGGUGCAUUUGCGGUGGUGUUCAAAGGCAGGAAUAGAGAGAAACACGACUGGGAGGUGGCUGUGAAAUGCAUAAAUAAGAAAAACUUGGCAAAAUCUCAGACCCUUUUGGGAAAAGAGAUCAAGAUACUUAAGGAACUAAAACAUGAGAACAUUGUUGCAUUACAUGACUUUCAGGAAACGGCCAGUUCUGUGUACCUGGUCAUGGAGUACUGCAAUGGUGGGGACCUGGCGGACUAUCUGCACUCCAAGGGCACCCUGAGUGAGGACACCAUCCGGGUGUUUCUGCAGCAGAUAGCUGGAGCCAUGAGGGUGCUGCAGGUCAAGGAUAUCAUCCACCGAGACCUCAAACCCCAGAACAUCCUGCUCUCCUACCACACAGGACGCAAGUCCCACUCCACCAACACCUGCAUCAAGAUAGCUGACUUUGGGUUUGCCCGCUACCUUCAGAACAACAUGAUGGCUGCCACUCUGUGUGGGUCCCCUAUGUACAUGGCACCUGAAGUCAUCAUGUCUCAGAACUAUGAUGCCAAGGCUGACCUGUGGAGCAUCGGUACCAUUUUGUUCCAGUGUCUGACUGGGAAAGCCCCGUUUCAGGCUAGCAGUCCCCAGGACCUCCGGCUGUUUUAUGAGAAAAACAAGAACCUCAGCCCCAACAUCCCCAGAGAGACCUCCUGUCACCUGAGGAAUCUGCUGCUGGGUCUUCUGCAGCGCAACCACAAGGACCGCAUGGACUUCGAGGAGUUCUUCUGUCACCCCUUCCUAGAGACGAGCUCGUCCAUGAAGAAGACUCCUGCUGUGACCAUGACAUGCUUUCCCAGCUCUGCUUCAGCAAGCUCCUGUAGCAGCUCUUCCAACUCACAUUUAGCCUCCCCACCGCAGUCUCUGGCUGAGGUCCAGCAGCUCCGCGCCAAGACCCUUGCCUCCCCUACCCACGAUGCCCCUGGCCUUGUCCUCAAGGACUCGUCUGGAGGUGGCUGCAGCAGCAAGAACUCCUCUUGUGACACAGACGACUUUGUAAUGGUGCCCGUCCACUUUCCCACAGGUGAGCUCACCUGUGACGGGCCUACUGGGAAGGUGUUCCACGACAGUCUGAUGAACAGCAGCUCUCUAUUGGCCUCUGGUGGCCUGGGCAGUCAGGGCAAGACCCCACCCCACUCCCCCUCCUACAGUGGCUCCCACAGUCCCAUCAGUCGGCCAAGUGAGUUCUCUGGCAGUAACUAUGGUAACUACGGUCAGUCAGUGCCCAUUCCCGUUCCCACUCAGGUCCCCAACUACCAGCGCAUGGAGCAGAACCUUCAUUCCCUCAGCCAUGAUGGCUCCCCACAGCUGUGUACGCUGGUGCGCGGCUGCAAUAGUUCCCUGGGAUUCGGGAGGACUGGCCCAUCGCUGCCUUACCCAGGAGGCCACGGGACCUUGGCUGGCCCCUGCAGGCUGUUUGUAGGAGGGGCCAGACCCUUCCAGCUUCCUCAUCAAGCUCUCCAAUUCCCUGACACACGGCCUCCCCCUCAGCAGCAAGGCCUGGGCACCCGGCUCCACAGCGCCCCCUGUCUCCUGGAGGCCACGAGUGGUGGUGGCGGCAGGCAGAAGAUCAGGAAGCAGCACUCUGACCCCGUGGUGGCCAACCUGCAGGCAGGCAUGAUGGCUAUGCGGCCCCUGCACUCCUCCCCCAGGCUGAGUGAACUCAUGCAGCGCAGCCCCCUCCCCACCAUCCUGGGAUCCCCCUCUAGAGCCAUACCACCCUUUGAGUUCCCCAAACCUCCCAGCUCCCCCAACCUGGUGACUUUCUUGGCCCAGCAGGGUCUGGUUCUGGCCCCGCCCGGCAGCAAGGCUGCCUCAAACCACAGGUACCCAGGACAGCCUCCUACUGGCCAGCUUGGGCAAUACAGCCAGAGGACUACAGAAGACGACAACAGCUUCGGCAGGUCUCAGAGUGCAGGUCGUCUGUCUGACAUGCUGCUGAUGGCUGCGUUUGGAGGAACGCUGGGGGAGCACGGCAGCACUGAGAACCUCAGCUCAAACAGAGACAUCACAGCACCCUCUGGCGGUGGAGCCAUGGCAGAAGGCUCAGUCCUCCCAGCCCAGGUGGUGUUCACUGUGGGCUCCCCACCCAGCGGCAGCAUCCCUCCACAGCCCUCCAGGACCAGACAGUUCUCAGCAGGCUCCUCCAGCUCCAUAAGCCCAGUGGGUUCCUUUACCAGCCGAUUUCAGACAGGCACCUAUCUGGACGGCUUUGAGGGUCCUUCCAGACCACGCUACAGCUUCACAGACCCAAUUACGGCCAACAUGGGUGGACCUGUUAGCUUCCUGGCCCCUGAGCUGCCAGAGGAGACACUGAUGGAGCAGGAGCACACAGACACCCUGAGGAGCUUGCGCUUCACCCUGGACUUUGCCCGCUGUCUGAUGGAGGUGGCAGGGGUCAGGGGGGCUGGGGCGAAGCACGGGGACACCUCUCCGCCCUCUCUCCUGCAGCAGCAAAGCCUAGUGGCUGACCAGAUCAGCUCCCUCAGCCGGGAGUGGAGCUAUGCGGAGCAGCUGGUGUUGUACAUGAAGACUGCAGAGCUUCUGUCGUCUGCCUUGCACACAGCCAUGGAGCGCGUCAAACACGGAAAACUGUACCCCUCUGCUACUGUCAAACAAGUGGUCAAGAGGCUGAACGAGCUGUACAAGUCCAGCGUGUCGUCCUGCCUCUCCCUCAAUGCACGGCUGGAGCAUUUCUUCUCCCGCAAGCACCGUCUCAUGGACCACGUCAAUACCAUCACCGCUGAGAGGCUGCUGUUUAGCCACACUGUUCAGAUGGUGCAGGCUGCUGCUCUGGAUGAGAUGUUCCACCAGGGAGAGGCGUCGGUGCAGCGCUACCACAAGGCCCUGCUGCUGAUGGAGGGCCUGUCCCUGCUCCUUACCGAGCAAAACGACAUCCUCAGCGUCAGCAAGUGUAAGGAAUGCAUUGAGCGUCGUCUCACAGCUCUACAGUCAGGGCUAUGUGUUUGAGGACUCUGCUCAGCACCCAUGAUGCUGCUAUGCUAUGAUGUCACUCAUUCUGGACCGGCACCACCAUGCCCAUUCAACCUCCCAACCAACUCUGUAUCUUCCCCCCACCCUCUAGUUUCCAUGGAGAUGUCAGCCGGUGGGGGGUAUGUGUGUUAAGAAGGGCCUAUAGUCUGGACAGG